AUGUCAUAUGAACAAGAAGAAAAUACCGAUAGUUUUCGUUUUACUCGACGUAAAAAACAAAAUCGUCGCACGAUGCUUGUCAAUCCUCCAAUCGAAUCAUCCGUUUUCGAUCCGGAGCAAUUACUUAAAAAUCUCGAAAAUAAAAUUCAACUGAUUCGAUCGAGUUAUUUCUGGUCACAAUUCCAAGAACAUCUUCGGCAGUGGAUCUAUCGGCAAUCGACAUCGAUUGAUAUCUUGUGUUACGGUCUUGGUCAUAUCAAUCAAUCUCUCUCCUCACAAUAUCAAUACGCGCUACUGAAAUUGAUCGAAGAAGGUUUCGAAGAUCGAAUUCAGAUUAUUUACCUUUAUGAUCCGAUUUGGACUAGCGAUGAAUACGCUUUUCUCGAGAAGACAAACCAGUUCUCUAAGUACGAGCUUAUUCGAGAGAAUAAUCAAGCUUUUCAGACCAUCGUUCGACCGUCCUUGUUCUACAUACCGUUUUGUUCCAAGCCAAUUCACAAUAACCUUCUCUACUCAAACUGGACGAAAGAGAAAUUGAAAGAAAUUGUGAUAUUCGGAAAUAGUCUGGAGAGAUUCUCCAACGAUGUUCAAUUUGACGAGAAUAAAUACUUUUACAUUCAUCAAAGCACAAGUUUUUCAAACGAACUAUUCUUACCACUAUUCGAACAUUAUACGAAUGCCUUUCAUGAACAAGUCUUUACGACAUUUGAUCGAACCGAGAUUCCAAUCAUCAGCGAAAAACCCAUCCGAUUAUCAAAACGCGAUAAACAGACAAAAACUUCACUACCUAAAACUACUAUUGAACAAGCGUCCGAAGAAGUCUGGUUCAUGAAUAUCAAACCAGUUUAUUCGAACGAUGAUGAAAUUGUUGUGUGA